AUGACGCGUGGAAGAGCCGCCGACGGCGCUGCCGUGCUGUCCGAGUUCACCGUCCUGCGCAAGCCCAGCGAGGACAACGAGCACUGGUACACUGCCGUCCAUCAGGGUGAACCCGUGACCUUCCGGGUACUCGAUGACAGCGGCAUCAACCCGGUGGACGGGGCUGGCUACGUGAUGGCGCGUGUGCAAGCCAUGCAGAAGCAUCUCCAGGAGGCCUGUGUCGACGUCGCCGCCGAGCACGCCUACCGCGCCGUGCUGGUGGAGGUGAGUCUCCUGGACGAUCCCAUGGCAGUCCCCCAAGAGACACAGCGCGACAUGGACUGUGCCAUGGACCUGUGGUGCCCGCUGCACGUGGCGCUCAUGACAUCCAACAAGGCAGCCGCGCAGGCACUCCUGCAGUUCCACGUGGAGCAUGCGGUCACCGCGAUGACUUGCAUUGCAAACACUCCAAGGGCAAUCAGCGACCCUGGCGCGGUGGAUGCGCUCGACUCUCCGUCUGUAGCCCCGGCGCUCGACGAUGAUGCUCCCGAUGCAUCUGGAGCCGACCAUACCGCUUCAGUCCCGUCAGUCGCUGUCUCGCCGAUUCUCGAGUGCCACGUGCAUCGAGAGCUAGGAGGUGCGGUGGUGCUGCUUGGCCACUUUGACGGUCGCAUCCGGCUCUCCUCCACUGCAAUUUGCAAGAGCCGCCCGUCGACCCCGGUUCGAGGGGGAUCUCCACACGCCGCGCCGGUCAGCAGCACCCCCAAGGGUAUCGAGAGCGCCAUCGCUGGUGGCUACCACUGCAGCACCGGUACCGCUGUCGCUGAGGACGCACUCGUGCAGACCUUAUGCAAGCACAAUGACGCCCUCCUGCAAGAGGAAGAUGCCCUCUUCGAGGACAAGGGCGAAGAGUACUGUCUGCGCAACAUCCUCGUAGCGAUCCGCCCGCUUCUGCAGAGCAUCGUCCUCGAAAUCAAACGGCGCGCACAGUGCACGACGAUGACCGCGCCCUUGUCGCUGCACCACCACCACCACACUCACAAGGCAAGCCAGGAGUGUGCCACCCCGGUGGUGCCGGAGUCUGCCAUCGACUUUGUGCAUGACUACUGCAGUAGCCUUAGCAUGCUGCCUCAGCACCCGCCACUGCUGAUUGAUGGGGACACGGUUUUCGACGUGUGCAACCACGGCGACCUUGCGUUGCUUGCCAAGGUGAUGGACGCCUUCGAGGGCUGUUUCGCCCCCAUCCUCCGCGGACAGACAUUGCUCACCGAUCGAUGCGCUGGCGGCAGAGGCGCGGGUUUUGUGGCUCUCACCGGCGCGGCACUGCACCACAACUCCAGCCUCAGCUCACCUCAGUCUCUCAGCGGAACGGGACAGUCUAGCUCUCCAAGCCUCCUCUCGCUGGGAGGAGACGCCAGCGCUCACAGCAUGGCGGGCACCUCCCAUAAGGGUAGCGUUAGCCGCCACUCCCACACGCUUCCACCGGCGCCCUUCUGGUGGAGCCGCCCGCCGCAGAAUGUUCAUCGCCUGACGUUCAUCGCCGUCUGGAUUGGGUACCGCGAGGCGAUUGAAGAAAGCAGCGGCUCUGGUCGCCGUCGCCACGCAGUGAGCAUCUCGAACGAGAACCGAGUGACGAUGGUCGCCAUCCGGCAGCUGCAGGAGUCGCGGGUGGCAGCGCAGAAGCUGGACUCCACCAUCUGGUCCGGCCAUCUCAUCACCAUCACGAAGCUCCUCUCACACGAGUGUUCCUUGGAGGACUACGUAGACUUCGUGGAAGGGGGCAGCUACUUUGCCUUCACCUCCCCUCGCGGCUUCUCUGGGCUGUUCCUCUCGGUGUUGGUGUCCGGCGUCAUGGCGGCUGCGCUCGUGCAGGAGCCGGCCAUGCUGCGAGUGCUUCGGUGCAAGGUGGAGACGCUGCUGGCCGAUGUGCCCGGCCGCCCGUCGCCGCUGCGCACGUACGUGAUGGGCCGUCCAAGCACGCAUGCGGAGCGCUUCAGAGAGCUGUGGCUGGAUGCUGGGUACCAUGGGGUCGCGAAUACUGCCGGCGCCAACGGCCAGAAUGACGCUGGCGACGCUGGGACGGGCGGCUUCAAUGCUGUGGGUGGUAUCCAGAGUGGUGAGCGCCGUCCCAUUAAGUUCCGCUCCCGCAUCGAACUACUAUACUACGUCGUCGUCGAGCAGGUCGUGGCGGCGGCUGAGGAAGCCUGGACGAUGCAUGAGGCCGAAGACGGCGAUUCAUCCGAGGCGGCGGGGGGUAGCGGUGCCCCGUCGUCGUCGCCGCCGUGGCCCUCCGGUGCAACCAAGGCGGAAGCCCUGACGGCGCUGCAGGGCUGGCUGUCCAUGUGGACGAACUUCCUCGCAAGCCUGCGAGACUGGACACCACAUCGUGGCAGCUUCAGCUGCAGUACUGCAUCAUCGCAGAUGCCGCAGCAGGAACGGCCACAGCACAACUUGAACAGUGGCGCAGAGGGUCACCUCACCGUCGGCGGCGUGUCCCCUCCCUUGGCCGCCACGACCGCACCGCACCACCAGCGCACCGCCAGCUCCGACGACCUCUUCAGCGACGACGCAAAUGAGACGACGGAAAUGGUGCAGCGUGUGUCCUACGCUCUCGUUGAGCGACUCGAGACCGGCCAAGAGCCCCUGCCGGCGCUGCGACGUGCCCUCUUCCCGAACGGCACCAGCGACAUGGAGACCGGCGCCCCGGCUGCUGGCACCUCGGCACACGUGGACAAAGCCCUUCCUGUCUCCUCCAUCGAUCAGGAGUUCGCCUCAGCGCAGCACGCCUUCACCGCGACGGCUGUCAAGGAGAGCGAUGAAGUAAAGCUCAAGUUCUACGGCCUCUUCAAGCAGGCAACGAUCGGUGACGUGAAUACGGACCGCCCUGGCAUCUUCGACUACGCGGGAAAGGCGAAGUGGGAUGCCUGGUCGAAGCUGAAGGGGAUCAGCCUGCUGGAUGCGAAGCGCAUGUAUGUGAGUGAGUACAAGAUGAUGGUGGAGCUGCGCAAAUCACGAAAGUAG